AGCGCCUGACGUUAACAGGAUUCUCUUGUCCCCCCACGAUCGCUCUCAUUCCCAAUCUCCCCAACAUCUCCGCUUCAUCAUCAUCACCAUUAUUGAUUUACCGUUUCUUUUGUCUCUUUGCGAUAUUCUUUGCGGCCACUGGCCGAUCUCAUUCGAUGCUGAGUUGACAUAUCCGUGUUAUCGCCGACCAUGGAGCGCAAUCACAUGCUUCCUGAUCGGGAGUCCGAGUCUCGUCAUGUCCUCGGACCACCACCUGCUCGACCUCAAUCAUUGAUGGCAUUUUCUCCUCCAGCCUAUUCCAAUGUCGCUUCACCAAAUGCGAUAAAGUUUCCUGAUGUUCCUACCGAUAUACCAACUUCUUUGCCUCCUUUGGCUAGAUUCGAAUCCGAUAACGAGACCAAGUUACCACCUCUGAGUUCACUUACGAGCGAAAUGGCCUUGGAGCCAACCAAGACUUGGCUUCCGUUACAUCCUAUGCCUUAUCCGCCUGUUCUUGCGCAUAGUAUCGAUAGCCCGACACGAAUGGAUCUUGACGGGAGUAGCAACAGUGUCGUCAGCGCUGCUUCUCCUGAUGGUCUUCUUGAUACAAGGGCUGGUAGCGUCAGCCUUGAUGAUCCAGAUGUGCGACUGGCAGCUGAAGCGCUUGGUGAUUUGAGAGCAGUUAGUCCACCAACUUCUGGGCUUCAAUCGAAUCAACCACAGUCUCCGCAGCCUGAACCGCUUCUGUCUCUCCUUACGACGACUCAUCCAUUGUUAGCGAGCACAAUUGAGGGCGCCACUUCGGCAUACGGUGGUGCCAAGAACUUUUCACCGCGAUUUCGAUCUGGCGCCGAAUAUGUUGAAGGAUACCUGACACCUAUUGCGAACACUGUUGGUUCAGUCGGUCGAGUGACUGGUGUUGAAGGAGGUGUCAGAUGGUUUUUAGGUGCCGGAAGGCGACAAAACAGUUCAACGUCGGAUUUGGAAACCGGCAACAGCAAGAAGCGACGCAAAACGGAUGAGGAUGAGGCAGUCAGCAACAAGCGAUUUGAGUCUGAAGGAAUGCAACAAAUGAGCGAUGAACAGAUGGAUACAGCGCCUUCGCCAUCUUCAAAGACCAUGUCUCGUCGCAUGUCAACUACUAGCACCGUCGACACGCUUCCUGCUUACGAUGAGUUGCGAUCACCCGCAUAUACCGAGACUGAUUCCAAUUCACCAAGGCCAUCGCGACCAAACAGCGCCUGGCAGUCACGUCUGAUCACGUCUACGUCCGGUCUCAGUGUUGCCAUGAGCCAGGAGAGUCUGCGCAGUCUCAAAUACUGUCUACAAUGGCUUCGAUGGGCCAAUGAUCACAUUGCUCGUGUGAUCUCAGCUUUAAAGACCACCCUUGAAGAGUACGAAAAGGUACCAGACGGACAAGCUGGCGAACAAGCUGAUCCUGAAUCUCGCUCUCAACUUGCUGCUCGCAUCUCAAACCUCAAGGGUGAUGUUCUCAGAACCCUCCGAGAAGCCAUCAAUACUGUGUCGAAAUACGCAGGAGGCGCAUUGCCAGAAAAUGCACGAAUCCUUGUGCGACGUCAUCUCACUAGUCUACCCCAACGAUUCCGUGUCGCCACCAUGACCGACAGGAAUGCCGGGCAACAAGACAACGAGACGGCUCUAACUGAAGGUGCACACAAAGUUUUGGUAUUGGCUAAAGAAGGUUUGGACAUGGUUGUUCAAAGCUCGCUCCAGACAGACGCGCCAGCUGACCUUCACUUUGCUCCACUGGACCUCGUGUGUCCGAUCAACAGCGACGACAUCAAGAACCGAUGGCUCAACUCGUAUGUUCCUCUGCCUGGACAAUCGCCCAAGAACUACAGUCAAAGUGUUAUCAAUUUUGUCUACCGAAUGCUCAAAUCCUAUGCCUCGACAGUGAUUCGAGGUCGUCUCCCACCAUUCAUCCAUCCUAUGCAGCAAUCACUGGUGCCACUCUCAACCUGCUUUACUCUGGUCCGAAUAUGCGACCCUCUACCUGGCAACGUGAGUAUCGCCGCAGAUAUCCUCCAGCGAGAAAUGACUAGGCUUUACGAAGAGCGAGGAGCAUAUGAAGGCAUCCAUCUUCUUGGAGUGUUUCAAGCGUACCUCAUCUAUUCCAUGGUUCUGUUCUUUCACUUGGGGCCUUCAAUGCCAUUUCUUCGUCAGGCAAUGAUCAACCUUCAAGAGAUUGCAUGCGCGACCUCUCGUGAAGGGCUUGUAUGUGCGGCAGAACAACGAGGUGCCCUACCGAAAUGGGAAUCAUGGAUUAUGGCCGAGGCCAAGAGACGAACACUAUACACCAUGUACUUUCUGGACAAUGUGUUGUCGGCUCAUGAUGGGCUCACCACAUAUCUCGGUACCGAGUUGAGGGGACUCUAUUCGCCAUCGAGCAAAUAUCUAUGGCAAGCUGAUCGGAAUGGAUGGGAACAAAGCUACAACUCUCAUCUGGCCGAAUGGGGAAGUGAACCCUUUCGACUGGAUGAAUUGUGGCCAUUUCCAGAUGGAAUAAGUGAGGAAGAAAUAAAACGCCAACGACGGAGGGUAGAUCGAUGGCUGGAAGAUGUUGAUGAAUUUGGGACAAUGUUAUAUGCAGCUUCAAGCUGUACUCAUGGGGGGUAG